AUGCCUCUCCUCCUCUUGUUGCUCCUGCUGCCAAGCCCCUUAUACUCCCAUUCCAUCUGUGACAUCUCCAAACCGGCCAGCCAACUGGAAGUGAACUGUGAAAAACGGAACCUGACAGUGCUGCCUGCAGACUUGCCAGCAGACACAGCUAUCCUUCACCUGAAUGAGAAUCUCCUGGUUACCUUCUCCACCGCAUCCCUGGUGUCUCUCACUCGACUUACUCAGCUGUAUCUGGAUACAAAUCAGCUGAGCAGCCUGCAGACAGAUGGAAUGUUGCCACUUCUGGAGACACUGGAUAUAUCUCACAAUAAAUUGAAAAGCCUGCCAUUCCUAGGGCAGGCACUGCCUGCACUCACUACCCUGGACGUUUCCUUCAACCAGUUGGCCUCAUUGUCUCCUGGUGCACUGAAAGGCCUAAGCAAACUUCAGGAACUCUACCUGCAACACAACAAGCUGAAGACUCUGCCCCCUGGGCUCCUGGAAACCACGACCCAGCUACAGAAGCUCAAUCUUGCCAACAAUAAGCUCAGUGAGCUACCCCCAGGGCUCCUGAAUGGGUUGGAGGAGCUUGACACCCUCUACCUCCAAGCAAACUGGCUAUACACGAUACCAAAGGGCUUCUUUGGGAAACUCCUCCUUUCUUUUGUUUUUCUCCAUAGCAAUAUCUGGUAUUGUGACUGUGAGAUUCUCUAUUUCCGUCACUGGCUGGAGAAAAACCCAAACAACGUCUACGUAUGGAAGGAGGGUAUGGAUGUCAAAGCUAUGACCUCCAAUGUGACCAGUGUGCAAUGUAGCAAUUUGAACAAAAUACCUAUCUAUAGCUAUGCAGGGGAAAAUUGCCCCCCUAUUGGUGAUGUGGAUGAGUAUGAUGACUAUUAUGACACUGACAUGGUAGAAACCACAAGGACCAUGGCCAAAUUCUCUACCAACACCAAAGCCCAUACAACCCACUGGGACCUACUCUACUCCAAAUCUACCGCUUCUCUGACUCAAAUGCCCUCUUUGCCUCUAACUGAAGAAUUCACCAAGAGACAGACCAUAUUCCAAAACAGACAGAUCCCAGAUUCCUCCACAUUCCCAACAGCCAUAGAAUCUACCACAUUAUCCAAAAGUCUAAACCCUACUAGUGAACCCAUCACAACCCUGACCACACCAAACUCAAUCAAGCCAGAAUCCCCAACUACCCCAGAGCCCACCACAACCCAGACCUCCCUGGAGGUCACCACAAUCCUGACCUCCACAGAGCCCACCACAGCCCUGACCUCCCCACAGCCUACCACAGACUUGACCUCCCCGGAGACCACCACAACCCUAAUUAUGUCAAUACCCCCAAUCUCAAUCACCCCAGAGCCUAUCACAGCCCUGACCUCCCUGGAGGCCACCACAACCCUGACUUCCCCAGUGGCCACUACAGCCCUGACCUCUCCAGAGCCUACCACAGCCUUGACUUCCCCAGAGGCUACCAUAACCCUAACCAUGUCAGUACCCCCAACCUCAAUCACUGCAGAGCCCACCACAAUCUUGACCACCACAGAAUACACCUCAUUCCCUACUAAUUCAGGCUCCCUCAUAAUCUCUCCUGAAUCUGAAAUGGUCUUAGCAGCUCAAGGGAAUUUUGAUAGCGCCAGAAAUUACCCUUUUCUCAACCCUGACAUUUGCUGCUUUCUCCCCUUGGGCUUCUACAUCUUGGGUCUCCUCUGGCUCCUGAUUGCCUCUGUGGUCCUUAUCCUACUGCUGACCUGGGUCUGGCAUAUGAAACCACAUGCCCUGGACUCUGACCAGUCUGCUGCCCUGGCCACAGCCAUAGAAACCACAUAUCUGGAGGUGCAGAGGGGAAGGCAAGUGACUGUGCCUCGGGCCUGGCUGCUUUUCCUUCAAGGAUCACUCCCCACUUUCCGUUCUAGCCUCUUUCUGUGGGUACGGGCUAAUGGUCGCAUAGGGCCUCUGAUAUCAGGACGGCGGCCCUCAGCCUUGAGUCAGGGUCGUGGUCAGGACUUAUUGGGAACAGUGAGCAUUAGGUAUGCUGGCCACAGCCUCUGAAGGUGGGUGGUUCAGGGGACCUUGAGUGUCUGAUGGUCUCUCCUAUUGGAAUUUGGCUGAGGGUAAGGCCCACAGCAUCACAGGGAGGACUUAAUUACUGUUCCUUUAUUUGAAGCCUCCUCUUCAUAUCCAGACACUCAACUCCAGACUGUACAAAUCAAGAGGGGUAGUGAGAUGAUGGAGUUGUGAGGGUCACAGAACCAAGCUCCCUAGGUUAAUAGGGUGUUGUCAGGCCACAUGGUUAGUUUGGGGAAAUUUAAGGAAAAGCAGAUAAACAGAAUACUGCAUGGCUCCUACAGGCAUCCUUACAUAGAAGAAAAUUUGUGAAGUGAUAUCAAGAUGAGAGCACUGAUUAUCUCUGGGUAUCAUAAAUAUGGAUCCCCCCUCUGCUUAGUGUUUUAUAC